GUCAGAUAGCCUAGCAAUCAGCCGGGUAUGUUUGAAACGCACAGAGGGAGAGUGUAGUUGUACUUAUUUGACCCGAACUGUCUCAAGUUGUGUAGACGUUGCUGCCGCUUCUUUUUUAAUCUUAUAUUCAAGCUGUAACGGUCAGAAAAACAUUUAAGAGUAACAAGUUUGUGGCCAUAGUUUUGAUUUGCUACCCAUUUAGAAACCGUUACCUCACAUUGUUUCUGUUAGCAGCAGCAUAACUUGUCCUUAUAAUGGAUGUGUCUAGCUAUUUAUGUUUUUUGUCGCUUUGCUCAUGUUUGGUAUAUGGGAAACCCACGAUAAGGAAAGAACGCGUUCACCAUGAUCCCGAAUUGAGCCAACAACCACACGAAGACAACCAGAGUUAUCAAUACGAUCAUGAGGCCUUUUUGGGAAAAGAGGAGGCCACAACAUUUGACCAGCUGACUCCAGAGGAGAGUAAAGACAGAUUAGGGAAAAUAGUUGACCGGAUUGACAAUGACAGUGAUGGUUACAUUACUACAGAGGAGCUGAAAACCUGGAUCAAGAGAGUUCAGAAGCGCUAUGUCUAUGAAAAUGUGGCAAAGGUCUGGUCUGACUAUGAUCUCAACAAAGACAACAAGAUAUCAUGGGAGGAAUACAAGCAAGCAACUUAUGGGUAUUAUCUUGCAAAUCCUGGGGAGUUUGAGGAUGCUACAGACCAGUUCAGCUUUAAGAAGAUGCUCCCACGCGACGAGCGCCGGUUUAAAGCAGCUGAUUUGGACGGAGACCUGGUAGCAGGACGAGAGGAGUUCACGGCUUUCCUCCACCCUGAAGAGUUUGAGCAUAUGAAAGAGAUUGUUGUUCUGGAAACUCUGGAGGACAUUGAUAAGAACAGUGAUGGACAUGUGGAUGAGGAUGAGUACAUUGCGGACAUGUUUGCUCAUGAGGAGGGAGGUCCAGAGCCAGACUGGGUCAAGACUGAGAGGGAUCAGUUCUCAGACUUCCGAGACCUGAACAAGGAUGGAAAGAUGGACGUGGAUGAGAUCCGACACUGGAUCCUCCCGCAAGACUACGAUCACGCCCUGGCCGAAGCCAGACACCUGGUGUAUGAGUCGGACACGGAUAAGGACCAGAUGCUGACCAAAGAGGAGAUCCUUGAGAAUUGGAACAUGUUUGUGGGCAGUCAGGCUACCAACUAUGGCGAAGACUUGACCAAGAACCACGAUGAGCUGUGAAGUCUGGUGGAGCGGGACACUGUCGAACUGCCUUGUGGUCCAGUGACUUUGCACCCAUCUGGGCCGGACCUCUGGGCCCUUCUUGUCCGGGAUACGGACGCCAGAGCCAUUGCCACUAACUGGCUGCUCCACCGCAGCCCUACCUCACUGACCAAAACAUGGAGGGGACAGCAGCUUGUUGGGCUCAAUCCCAGAUGGUCAUUGUUCAUUCCUUGUCUUAUUCUUUGGAGAAUGUGCUUUGUUGUGUAUGUUGAAUGGGAACUGUUUCACUCUUGAGUGAACUAUCUGAAACAGCCACCUAUCACUGACUGUCUUAGUCUAACAUGAUGCUGCCUUUGUUUCCAGCAAAGUCAGGUGUCCUCCUGUAUCUUGCUGCAAACCAUUAGAUAUACAUUUAUUCUGAAAACUAAGUGAAUUGAAA